AUGCGUUUGAUUCGCGCAGCAGUCGUCCAUGUAAGGACAGUUCGCGCUUUGUCUACGGAUGUUCUGAAGUCUGAAGUCAGCGGCGACUUAUUAUUAGGUAAGGUAGUGCAGACCAGUCGCGUUGGUCGUGAUGAGAUUAACUGUGUUAAGGUAAGAUGUCGUUUAAAUGAAUUUGACAAGUACCUCAAAAAGUAUUUUACUUACCACGACGACCACUGGGCGACAGAUUCUAAUGGCAUUUCUGGUCUCGGAGACGAUGUGUUAAUACGGAAGGUAGACAAGAACUCAAGAGUUGCAGCUACUAUAUCUCAUUCAGUUGAGAAGGUCGUAUUCAAAUAUGGAAACGUCAUCGAUCCUGUCACCAAGAAGCGCGUAGUUCAAGAAAAAUUCAAAGAUGAUUUGGAGCUUGAGAAGAAGUUGGUGAAAGAAAUAGUUGAAGACCCAUUUAAGGAGGCUGAUUUUAUUUGGUUUCAGGAAUCUCUUUUAUUCGAGGAAAGACGGGCGGAACAACAGGGACGGUUGUCGAAGUACAAAAGUAGUGUUGAAUCUGAGCUCAGUAAUCAGUAG